CGAACUGAAGUUAAUUUUGUUGAUAUAAAAUCAUGUAGUUGAUACAAAAAUGAUAAUGUAUAUAACCUUUAAAAUAGUAGUAUGCCAAUUUUAACAUGAGAAAAAUCAUAGUAAUCAUUGAACUUAUGCGACCUAAUCAUCUUUUCAUUUCGACUGAAUUGGUCUCUCUAGAACAUUCAAGUGAUUUGCUUGAUAUCAGAUAAAGUUUGAAGCAAUGGUAAAAUAUUUAGGAAUUCAAUAAGAAUGAAUAUUGGAAAAAGACUCCAUGUGUUCCUCGUUGCAGCUUAUAAUAAAACCAUUUUGGAUUUCCUUUUGUCUUUCCCAUUGGUCUGUGAAUAAACAAGUAAUUAGAUGCAAAAUCACACUAAAAUACAAGCUCACAAAAUACAUUUGUGUCCUUGAGAUUGUCACAAAGAAACACAAGACAAGCCAAUAAAUCAAUAGAAAAAUAAAUAGAUAGGGUAUUCAACCAAAGCUUGAUUUUUGUCACUUUGGAAGGAAAAGCCACACACACGGCGAGACGCGCACGCCUCACUCGGCUCGUAUCACUUCACUUACAAAGUGGUAGUGGAGGAGCUCGAGUCCGGUGCUCCGCUCCUCCUGUCACCACCCUUCGCUUCCUAAUCCGGUGUCUGACGGGGUGAACGAAUCGCCUCUAUUGGAUUCAGGUCGCUCGAGUCCGGUACUCCGCCCUCGGUGCCAAUCCCGUUCGCAUUUUCUUGGAGAUCAGCAUAGGCCGCCGAGAUAUCUGACGGGAGAGAUGGCGGCGGCGGUCCCGGCCGCCGCGUCUCGGAACCCUCCGCGCCGCCACAAGAGCGGCUCGCUGUCUCCGAAUCGUGGGGAUCCCCUCACCCAUCGCCGCUCGCCGUUGAUCCCCUCCGAGAAGGACAAUGCCGGCGCCAACGGCGGGAGGCGAACGCGGGCGAAGGAGAUCACGUCUCGCUAUCUCUCGUCUUACAGUUCCUCCUCCUCGUUUUCAACCUUUACUUCCUUCUCUUCUUCGGGCUCUUCGUCGAGCGCGUGGCGGUCCCCGUCGCCGCUCCCUGCUGCGCGGCCCUCGACGCCGCCGGCAUUGCCUCAAUCCGCAGCGCAGAAGCGAGCCCACUCCGUGGAUCGGGCUCGGCCUCAGACGCCUCGUGCCGAUUCGCGGCCGGCCACUCCGGAGCCCUCUUCUUCUGCCAACCGUGCCCUCUGCAUGACGACUCGGAGCCUCUCAGUGUCGUUCCAGGGAGAUUCGUUCUUCUACAAGACCAGCCGCACUAAGACUGCCUCUCCCAGCCCCUCCAGGAAGCCCACACCUGAGCGGCGGCGAUCUAAUGCCAGUGCUGCUGUUCCAGGUAAGAGUGGCGAUCAUUUGGAUAGUUCGAGGCCCUUUGAAAACCAUCAUAGAUGGCCCUCCUCUAGAACCCGACCAUCUAAUUCGUCAAUUAAUGGGUUGAAUUGUCCAUCGGAGAAGAAAGAACCGAUCUUGGCUACAUUCAGGUUGCUCCGGCAAUCAAUGAUGUUUGAUGACUGUACAAGGAGAGCGUCGUUUGAUGGGGUUGAUGUCUCAGCUUCAUUUGAUACGGAUAGCUUCUCCUCUGGAAGUAGUUCAGGGAUGCCCAAAUCUAGAUUGCACGGCCAGGCAAAGGUGUCUACCAGUCAGACCCGUGUGCUGGCAAGGUUUUGCCAGGAGACGAGCAAUAGAACGGGUAGGCAUUGUGAACCAUACUUUCCAGUAUCUUCACCAGAUUCGAGGUCUGUGGCACAGCAAAAGAUUGGUGUGGGAAAGAAACUGUCGGUGGAGAGCCCUUUGUCUUCUCCAAGGUCAGCUUCUUCACCACUCCGACCAUUGCGAGCUCCUUCUCCAAGUAAGCUUGCUGCUUUAUCGACGAGAGGCAUAGCUUCUCCUAUGCGGACAAGAAGUAAUGCAUCAUUGAGUACCUCCCCGAUAAGUCAACAAGGCAAUGCACCUUCGAUCAUAAACUUUGCUGCUGAAGUACGGAGAGCAAAGAAAGGGGAAAACCGGAUUGAGGAGGCUCACUUUUUGAGGCUGCUUGAUAACCGGCAUUUACAGUGGCGAUUUGUUAAUGCCAGAUCCGAUACUGCACUUCUAGUGGAGAAACUAACUAUGGAGAAGAAUAUCCAUAAUGCAUGGAAAAUUAUCACAGAGUUGCGUGAUUCCAUCACUAUUAAAAGGAUCAAGCUAAAACGUUUGACCCAACAUUUAAAGCUAUUUUCCAUUCUUAAGGGGCAAAUGGCAUCUCUGGAGGAGCUGUCAAUUUUGGAGAAAGAUCAUUCAAGUUCUUUAUCAGGAGCUACUGAAGCAUUAAAGGCUAGCACACUUCGUCUUCCUAUAGUUAGUGGAGCCAAGGCAGACAUCCUGGAAGUUAAGGAUGCUAUUGGUUCAGCAGUUGACAUGAUGCAGGGUAUGCGAUCUUCAAUAUGCUCUCUAUUAUCUAAGGUAGAGGGUACGAGUAGCUUUGUUUCUGAAGUUACUAAACUGGUUGUGCAAGAGCAAGUGCUUCUCGCUCGAUCAAGAGAUCUCUUGUCCACCCAUGCAGCUCUGCAUGUAAAGCAAUGCAGUAUCCGAGGGCAUCUUUUGCAACUAAGACGAACAGAAAGCAAGAUAUAAAGAACAGAGAAGAUUCAAUUACCAACUUUGUGAUCACUAACAUGACAGCAAACUCCUUUUUUUACAACUGGAGCGUUGCGGAGGUAAUAAAGUGUGAAGAAAUGUUUGCUUGAUGGAGAGUAGAGUGUUUUUGUACGAGUUGGAUUGCCUUUCCUGGGAUGGCUUAUUUAUGUAGCUUGUUUUUUUAUUCCUUUCCUUUUUCUCUAUUUUUAUUUCGUUUCUUUUUUCUUUUUCUCUUUGAUUGCAUGUUAUGUCACUGAGCCAUCUCAAUUUCCUCUGGCACUACACAGAAUGUUGUAUUAGUUAUGCUAAUCAAAGAGAAUGUCAUGUAAAAAGGUGGUACUGGAAAGAAAACGUGUUUGUUUAAUUGUUGACUGCUUAGAACAAAUAAUUAUCAAUGAGAUUAAUAAA